GUAGAGAGAGAGAGAGAGAGAGAGUGUGGGAGGGGGGAGAAAGAAUUUAAUAAUCAACGAAACUGGGCUAGUAGAAUUAGUAUAUAUCUCCUCUCUGACGUCGUCUCUCUCUUAUCUUUUAUAAUACACAAGUCUUUCUUUCACAAACUCUCCCUCUUUUUCUCUCUCAAUUUUUAUUUUUAUUUUUAAUUUUUUUUUUUAUGCUUUCUUCACACUCUCUCUCUCUCUACUUUCUCUCUCAUCCUGGGACGCGGGCAAAGCCGCAAACAAAGGCUCCACCUUCUGCAUCAAACCCAGAGUUCAAAUUCCGGAAUUCAUUUGAAGAUCUUGAUCUGUAAUUGUGCAUUUACCGACCACCAUUCAUAAGCUCAACAGCAAAUGUCACUACUGUUUGGGGAUUGAGAAAAUUUUGGCAUGUGAUAGUUAUUUGGUGGAACCCAUGAUAAAGUUUAGCAAUGAAGUCGCUGAACAUGGAAAAGAAAUGGGUUUUCCCUCUUUUUAUAAGUUCCCUCGUAUGCGUUUUCCUUCUUGCAACUUCCUUCAAUAUGGGUAUUGUUUCUUCCUUACAUACAAUUAAUAGGUUCUUCUCAAUUUUACCGUAUAAUGGUUUGGCAAACCAAACAAGACCACUUUUUGCGGAAACACAGAACAAUCAAGCUCCACCCCCUCCUCCCGAGUCCACUGUUCCUCGUUUUGCUUAUCUUGUUUCGGGAUCAAGAGGUGAUUUAGAAAAGCUUUGGAGAACUCUUCAAACUUUGUAUCAUCCGUUGAACCAAUAUGUUCUUCAUCUGGAUCUAGAAUCUCCAGCAGAGGAGAGAUUAGAGCUUGCUUCCCGUGUGGAAAAAAAUCCAAUUUUUUCCAAGGUUGGGAAUGUUCACAUGAUUACCAAAGCUAACAUGGUUACUUAUAGAGGACCCACCAUGGUUGCGAACACUCUUCAUGCUUGCGCGAUUCUUCUCAAGAAAAGUAAGGAGUGGGAUUGGUUUAUUAACCUCAGCGCUUCAGAUUAUCCUCUUGUGACUCAAGAUGAUCUUCUUUACAUGUUUUCUGAUUUAAACCGAGACCUGAAUUUCAUCGAGCACACAAGCCGGUUAGGUUGGAAGGAGAAUCAAAGGGCAAUGCCUUUGAUUGUUGAUCCUGGUCUCUACCGGUCAAAGAAGUCAGAUAUAUUUUGGGUCUCACCAAGGAGAACUUUGCCAACUGCCUUUAAAUUAUUUACAGGUUCAGCAUGGAUGAUCCUCUCACGCGCAUUUGUGGAGUACUGUGUUUGGGGUUGGGAUAACCUUCCUAGAAUGCUACUCAUGUACUACACAAAUUUUAUCUCCUCUCCUGAAGGCUACUUUCAAACUGUCGUAUGCAAUGCGCCCGAGUUUGCUCAUACUGCCGUCAAUCAUGACAUGCACUACAUUUCUUGGGACAUUCCCCCAAAACAGCACCCGCAUACCCUCUCCCUCAAUGACACAAACAGAAUGAUAGCAAGUGGUGCUGCCUUUGCCCGUAAAUUCAGACAAAAUGAUCCUGUCUUGGAUAAGAUCGACAAGGAAUUACUUGGUCGUAAAAACGGAAGCUUCACGCCUGGUGGCUGGUGUUCCGGCAGUCCCCCUUGUUCCAAGGUUGGGAACCCUACCAGGCUUAAACCAGGUCCAGGAGCUGAAAGGCUUCGCCGUCUUAUAGGUAGGUUAGUUUUGUCAGCCAAGUUUAGUCAAAAUCAGUGUAAUUAGAUUUCAUCGAGGCAUUUUUGCUUGCGGCUGGAUGAAGCAAAAACUGAAAAUGUUAGUUCGAUUCACAAACCCAACAAUAACAUGGUAGUAUAUUGUAUUAAAAAAACAUCUUGAUCACCAUUGUUGCUUAGGUUCUGUUCUGGUUAUACUCAUAGAGUUUCAAAAAAUCUAGUUUCUUCUUCGCUCUUCUGCAAUUCAUAGAACUUUUUUCCUUUA